AUGGGUAUAGAGACUCCUCCUGUGGAUACUGAGGUUCAGAUGUCUACAGAGAGCCUACCAAAGAGAGAAAGCACAACGCAACUCAGUGAGAAUGAGAAAUUGUUAGAGUUUAUUAACUCAUCUCAAUUCUCUUUAUAUGAUUGCAUUGAACUGAUAUGUACUUAUUCAAAUAAUGUGGGGAUUCAUUACUAUUUGUGUCAGAAAUUAUUAUCAUUCCCACAUUCUGAAUUACAAUUCUAUAUUCCACAAUUAGUUCAAGUAUUACUUACAAUUGAGACAGAAUCCAUGGCGUUAGAAGAUUUAAUAUUGAAAUUAAAGAAUGAAAAUCCUCAUUUUGCAUUGUUGACCUUCUGGCAAUUACAAGCUCUUUUAGCUGAUUUAUCCCUGGAUCCAGAAUCAUAUGGGUUUCAAGUAGCGAGAAGGGUAUUAAAUGAAUUGCAAAGUAGUCUUUUCAAUAUUAACUCCAUAGAGGAUGAAAAAAAAAUACAAAAGAUACAUGAAAAUGUUGCACCUGCAUUAGUUCUGGCAUCGAUGAUGAUGUCAUGUAUGGCUUCGCCCGAAAUGGCAUCUAUGGCGAAGCCAAUGGUAGAAUCUCAAGGUAGAAGACAAAAGGCAUACGUCUUUAAAUUAGCUAAGAGUGCAAUGAGAGACUUCACUAAAAAUAUUACACUCAAGAAUACAAAACUUAAUAAACAAACGUUUUAUAGAUCGUCAUCAAAGGGGAAGAAAAGAGAUGUCAAUACAAUUUCCUUACCGGAUACUCCGGUUGAUAUUGUUGAUGCGGUCACUACUAAAGAAGAUACUAAUUUUAGGAAACCAAGGAAGAAGGAUGAAGAAAGAGAACAUUCUUUGAAUUUUGAUAUUAUUGAUGAUGUUGGGGAACAAAUGUUCUCUGAAAAAAUUUCAGGGUCAAUUAAAUUACCAAAGAGGAAAACUAAAUUUGUGGAUAAUUCAUAUGUCCAUAAAGUUUACGGUAAUAAAACUGUUAGCGAACAUGAACAUCAUGAACUUGAACUUGAUGAUAACACAAUUGUCGUGGGUAGCUCUGUUGUUAAUGAUGAAGAACAUCUAGUCGAUAGUCCUGAAUCUCAGAGGAAGAAGACAGGACUGGAAGCAUUGAAAGCCAAAGAUCAAUAUACCAGUUCAAUGCCAAACUUACAUAAAGUUGAUAUUCCCAGAUCAUCUGCAUCAUAUGGAUCACCAGAGAGGAAAGCUCCGAAGUUUAUACGUUCGAAUUCUCAACCACCUACUGAAAAUACAUUAGCUCGAAGAGGAACUUUAACACGUAACCCUAGUCAACUGGAGAUCGAUAUAAAUAGAAUUCCAAUAUCCAAGAGAAUUAAAAUUCUAAAGGCAAAUUAUUUCCGUUGUGCUACUCAGUUUGCGAUUGCAUUGGAAUCUAUCUCUCAACGACUUGCUCAGGUUCCUACCGAAGCACGUUUAAGUGCAUUGAGAGCAGAAUUAUCCCUAAUUAACAGAGAUCUACCUGCAGAAGUUGAUAUUCCAACUUUGCUACCCCCAAAUAAAAAGGGUCGACUUCAUAAAUUAGUAACCAUCACUGCUAGUGAAGCACAGGUGUUGAACUCUGCUGAGAAAGUUCCAUAUUUAUUAUUGAUUGAAUAUUUGAGAGAUGAAUUCGAUUUCGACCCUACUACGGAUGAUAACAUCAUGGUUCUGAAAAAGUCUAAUUGUUCUAAAAGUACACCACUUUUCGAUCUAAAUUAUUUGAGUAAGAAAAGAGAUAGAGAGACGGGAAUGUUUUCGUUAGCAGAUUCUACAGAUGCCCUUGUUGGCGAUGAAGAGUUAUCUGAUGGUAUUCUAAGAUCUAGUAGUAAUCCUUUGCAACACACAUCCAGUCUACCAGAAGUACAGCAUCGUGAAAUGGACCUUGGAGACUUAUCAAUGGUUCGUGUGAAGAACCAAACAGAUGCGGAAGCUUACAGAAGCUCAAUUGUUUUAAAAGCUGCUUCAAAUGUACCAGUAAUACCUGAUGAUACUCAAGACAGAAGUCCAGAUCUUGCUUUUGCGCAAAAUAUGGAUGAAGUGAUUGAUAAGAGAAGCGCUGAUUCCAAAGAAUUCCACAGAGAAACAGAUGACCUUGCAGAUCAAAUGAGAAUAUCGGCAUUAAUGUUAGCUCAAUUGGAUAAUUCUCCCCAACAAUUAUCAGAUUCGACAAAUCAAAUUCGUGCACAGAUUAUAGCAUCUAUGAAGGAAGUUCAGGAUAAGUUUGGUUACCGUGAUUUAGAGGCAAUGCAUGGUGAAGCUGGUGAACGUAAAUUGGAGAAUGAUUUGAAGACUGGUGGUAUCGAUACUUCUUAUUUAGGUGAAGACUGGAAUACAAGAAAGGAGAGAAUUAGAAAGACAUCUGAAUAUGGUCAUUUAGAAAACUGGGAUCUUUGUUCUGUCAUUGCAAAGUCCGGUGAUGAUUUAAGGCAAGAAGCCUUUGCUUGUCAAAUCAUACAAGCUAUGGCGCAGAUAUGGAAUAAAGAAAAGAGCGAUAUAUGGGUGAAAAAAAUGAGAAUCUUAAUUACGAGUGCUACAACUGGUCUAGUUGAAACAAUUACUAAUGCAGUUUCCGUUCAUAGUAUAAAGAAAUCCUUAACCAAAAAAAUGAUUGAAGAUGGUGAACUAGAUGAACGUGGUGGAAUUGCUAGUAUAAGAGAUCAUUUUAUUCGUGCAUUCGGUGAUCCAAAUGGGUUCAAAUUUAGAAGAGCACAAGAUAAUUUUGCAUGUUCUUUGGCGGCAUAUUCUCUAAUCUGUUACAUUCUUAGGGUCAAAGAUAGACAUAACGGUAAUAUUAUGAUUGAUAAUGAAGGUCACGUAAUCCAUAUUGAUUUUGGAUUUAUGUUAUCCAACUCACCAGGUUCGGUCGGUUUUGAAGCUGCUCCAUUUAAAUUUACCUACGAGUACGUUGAUGUUCUCGGUGGUUUACAAGGUGAUGCGUAUAAGAAAUAUGUUAGAUUAAUGCAAGAAGGUUUCAGAGCAUUAAGGAAACAGGCCAACCAAAUUGUUUCCAUGUGUGAAAUUAUGCAAAAGGAUAACAUGCAACCAUGUUUUGAAGCUGGUGAUCAAACCAGUGUCCAAUUAAGACAGCGUUUCCAUCUUGACGUAAAUGAUGAUGAAGUGGACAAUUUUGUUGAAACAUUCUUAAUUGGAAAAUCUCUGGGUAGUGUUUACACUAGAUUAUAUGACCAAUUCCAAUUGAUAACCCAAGGUAUUUACAGUUAG